UUUUCCUACGGUAUUUAUGCAUUCCAGAUGUUCGCAGAUAUCCGAAGCAUUCCAGAAAUUCUGGAGACACGUUUACGCCUGAAUGUAAUGGGCAGCAGAAGGCUUUACCCAGAAAUAUGGGCAGACGAUGAUCAGAUGUCUGGGCUUAUGUCUAUGAUAAAGGCUCGAGAUGUAAAUCCGAAUGAUUAUGAUCGAAAAAUAGAAUUUUGGUCUGAUAUGAUUGCAAAAUCGUGCGAAACUGAGAAAAAUGCAGUCUUCACUAUCGAUAUAUUGAAACGACGUUUUCGUCGAGGUGAUCAACUGCCGGGUUCUCUGAAUGUUAUUAUUCAGCAUAUGCUUGAUGCAGGUGAAAUUAUCACCUUGGAUGAUUACAAAGCCCGGAAUCAGAAUUGGUUUCAGCGAGGAUACAGGUCAUUUAUGGGAAGUUUGUGGGGUGCUACCAUUGAUAACCAGACAGAAUAUGUUCAUCUACUGACUGUUAAAAAACAUGCUGACAGUAUGCUAGAGUUUUUCCGAAGUGAAUAUGCUGUUGAUGAUGAUAUGCUACCGGAAAUCGUCGACUCGGCGGAAUUUUUCGAAGAAUGUAAAAAUUUAGUUGCUAACAAGAAAACUUAUGAUAUUGCACUAGCAGAACUUGUUAAUCGAGGCGAAGUAACGAUAGGUUCAUCUAAAAUAGGAGAGGAAGUUCUGAAAUUCCGUGACAACGCCGCUCGUGGUCCCAUAAAGUGGACAGAAUCUGAUGCUGGCGUUCACGAUAUGAGGCGGGCGAUGAAUAAAUUAGAGCAUGAGAUCAAACGUUUGGAACUGAAAGCGAAGAAGGCUGAGCAGGAUGCUCGCCUGUACAUACGUCAGGGUGAUAAAAAUCAUGCUGCCCACUAUUUACGUCAAAAGAAACGGGCUCUAAAGGAAGUUGAAGCUAAAGAUAAUCAAUAUCAGAGGCUUUUGGAAAUGAUGCAACAAUUAGGACGAACAAAGCAAAAUAAGCAAAUUUUGGAUGCUUACAAAGCUGGUGCCGAUGCUUUUAAAGCUACUUUGCAAAGGCAGGGUAUUUCUCCGGAAGAGAUUGAUGAAACUAUGGAUAAUAUCGGUGAUGCCAUGGCAACUGCGGAGGAAAUUCAGGAUGCUAUUGCUGCUGGUGUACCAACAUCGACUGCUGAUGAACUUAACAACGAUCUCGAAGCUGAAUUGAACGCUAUACUUGCUGCAGACAAUAGUGAGAUAGAUUUAAUGAUUAAAAAUUUGCCAGACAUGCCAUCAGAACCCUCUGCAGCAGGUCCUGCUAAAACUACUAGUGUUGCUGCAGAUGAUUCAAUCGGAGCACGUCUGAAAAGGUUACGUGAAACUGCUUAA